GCAUGGAUGGGAGAAGGACGAGGAGGAUGGAAGAAGGAAGGGCAAGGGAGGGGCGGAACAGGAGGAGGCGGAGCAUGGAGUUAACACUGAUCGAGACAAGCUGACAGGAGAUGCAAGGCUAUAAGGGCUGAGAUCGAGCCUGCCUCAUUGAGCACUUCAAGUGCGGCGGCAACUGAAUUCUGUGAAUUCGGCCCCUGUUGACACUUGUGGACGCAUGGCGAGACGUGAGAGCUCGUCUGGCUAGCUCACCGUUCACCCUGGGGUUUACAAAGCUGGGUGGCAAUGCUGUGCUGCUUGCAACCGCCUUCUGCUUCGAGGCUGUCGCUGCUGCAAGCGCGUUCGCCGUUGUUACUGCAAGGGCGGAGGGAUAUUUGAGCAGAUGGAAGGCCCCCGGCUCUAGAAUAAUGGGCAGGGGUGGGCGAGGGAACCCCGAGGAGGCUACGGAGAAGAGGAGACGAACUCGAGAAGAGGAGAGGGACAAGGAGGAGGAGAGAGACUGGGAGUGAAGAUACGGCACUGAUGACGCGCAGCGCGGUGCGCCAUGCGCCCAGGCAGGGCAUCGGCAACCACUGCGGGCCCGAAAGCAGCAUCACCGCGCGCCCUGGCCCACCCGAGGGGCCUGGGCCAGGGCCGCCGACGCCAGAGGCGCAGACCCCUGGGCACCAGGAUUCGGAGGGCCGCAGACGGAGAGGUGGCGACGCCCACGAGGGCCAGGUGAGGGCCCGGCACCUCUGCUGCCGAGGUAUACGCACAUCUGGCGUCGGCGUUGGGGCAGGCCGUCACCCUUCCUGCAGCACGUCGCGGAAUGCUCCACGGCCCUGCGAACUGUAGAGCUGCAAGGUUAAACAUGUAUGUAUGUGCAUAUGUAUAUGUACCUGUAACAAUGUAUACAAACUUAUUCAAGGAAAAGGGAUGGAUCAGGAAGGGGAGGAGGAGGAACAAGACGGAACGAGGACGGGGGAGAGGAGCAACAGCAGCGGGGGGCCCCUUCGCCACGCAGACCCCUGAGCCCCACCUGGAGGGCCCCCGGGCCCCUCCGUGUCCCGCCUACGCCGCGCACAGCCUCCCGAGCGCGCGCCUCGCCUUCGUGCCCCUGCCGUCGGCGCGCGGGUGCCCGGUGGCGUCCUUGCGCACUUUCUGGCGGCGCUCCCCGGGGGCCAUGGCAGGGGCGGCCGCUGGCUCGCCCUCACGCUGCUGCUGCGGCUGCUGCGGCUGCUCCGCCUGGCGCGGCGACUGCUCGGCCGGCUGGCCCGUGGCCUUCCGGCCCUUCUCCCUGGGCGCGGGCGCGGCCAGCAGCACCGGGCCAGGCCCCGCGGGGGCCGCCGGCGGCGCGCCCUCCUCCUCCGCCGCCUCCGGCGGGGCCCCGCGGUGGAUCUCCUGCAAGUCCGCUGGCGACAGCCGCACGGCCCCCCUGGUCGACUUCCGCUCCGAGGUCCUCGAGAUCAGCUGCUGCACGGCCUCCUCCUCCUCCUCCUUCGGGGUCCUCCUCGGCUCCCCGCUCCACUGGCACGGCCUCGGAGCCCUCGCCGCCGGGCGACGCGGCGCCCUCGCUGCCGCCCUCGCUCCAGGGCCUCUCGAAGACGAAGCCGG